UUUUGUUUUUGUUUUUGCCGGUCUACAAAGUGCGGAGAUGUUCAUAUCUUUUAUUUCCACGUUUUUACUAAUUCCUUUGGUAUUUACAGACUGUUGGAGUUAUAAUCCUAUAUGUUGGUUUAGAAAAUGCGAAAUCCAUGAUCCAUCAUCGACGUGGAGGAAUACAUUUUAUUCUAAUUACAAUCCUUACUGUGCUGUUUGGGGAUGUCCAAGAAAUAAGCCAGAAGAGCUAACUUGGAAAAUCUGGAAUCCUUACAGAUUGAUUCAGGACUGGUCGCAACCUCAAAAGAAUGAACGAUCUUUCUACAAAUUCAUCCACAAACCCUAUUGCUGGUUUUAUGACUGUAACCAACAAAAAGAGGAAGAAAAAACAAAUCAAAAUAAUUUUUGGAACAACUUUGAUGUAGGAUUGGAAAAAUCAUGGUUUCCUCAGGAAUACAAUCCAGUGUGCUGGGUUGGUUCAUGUUCAAAGAGAAAUGAAGAGAAGAAAAUAAGGAAAGAGCCCUGCUCAGUAUGGUCUAAGUUAGAAUCUAGCUCUCUUUCUAGUUUCCAAUCCACAAAAGAAUGGGUUAUGAGUUCUAACCCAAGGAGAACUGUUCAAAAAACUGUUAGUUUUUUGAAUGCAAAACCUGUUUGUUGGUUCCUUGAAUGUUGCAAUGAUUAUUACAUUCCUGGAGACAUAGAAAAUUUGAGAAAAAAAAUUAAAAGGCAAAUCUAUGGACAGCCUCUGAUUAGUACAGUGGUAGAUGCAUUGAACUCGCAUUGGAACAUGCAAUAUAAACCAACAAAGGCAUUGGUUAUGAGUUUCCAUGGCUGGACAGGAAGUGGAAAGACUUAUGUUUCCAACUUGAUAGCUGAAAGCAUGUUUGAACGUGGCACAAAAAGCCAGUAUUUCCAUCAUUUCCAUGGCCGGAAACAGUUCACAUUGGAGAACAAGGAGACAGAAUACAAGGAAGAGCUGCUUGCUUGGCUCAGAUCCAACGUCACCGAUUGCCCCAAACAGCUGUUCGUGUUCGACGAAAUCGACAAGAUGCCCGACAGACUCCUCGACAGCAUCAAGCCGAUGCUCGACCACCGAGCUCUCGUUGACGGUGCCGAUUACACCCGAGCCGUGUUCGUGUUUAUUUCGAAUGCGGGCAGCGAGGUUAUCGUGAAGCAUUUGGAACGGUUGUUGGAUGAGAGAGAAAGGGAAGAGGUCGAGCUGAGGGAUUUCGAGGGAAUUAUUGUCGAUGGGGCUUUCAAUGAGAAAGGAGGUCUUCAUCAGUCGGAGGCGAUUAGUGACAAUUUGAUAGAUCACUAUAUUCCGUUUUUACCACUGGAAAGGAGACAUAUCGUAAACUGUACUAAAGAUGAAUUCAAACGGCGAAAAGUCCUAUUAAAAUCGCCUAGAGACGACCAUGUUGUGAGCGAAAUAGUAGAUUCUCUGCACUGGGAUUUAGGAAAAAAUAAGCAAUUUUCAAAGACUGGAUGCAAGUCGAUCAGAGAUAAAGUUGCAGUCGCCGUCAGAAAAUAUUUCAAAGAACCCUCUAAUGAGCCUGAAAAAGAAAAGAAGACUGACCUCUGAAGGAUUCGUGGAAAAAUAAUAGUGGAACACUAGAAUAUAUGAAGAUCUGGAUAUUCUUCAUCAUAGGUAACCAUACCUAACUUUUCUUACCUUUGAUUGAAAGAAGACAAUCGAAUAACCAAUCAAAAUGCUUGGAAUUCAUUACAAUGUAUCAGAGAUUGUCUAACCAAGGACAUUUGCCAAGUAAUAGGAAACGAAGGACAUAAUAGAAAUGAAACUUUGUUGGCGCCCUCUUUGAUCACAAUUUCAACUAACAAAUUAAUUUUCAACUCCAUCCAACAUUUGACACUUUUUAUAUAAUUCCCUGACAUCUCCCAAACUAUCAUAGGGAUUGAAAAAUGUUUCUACAUGCCUUUAAGAAAAAACGUCAUUUUGUAAUAGAACUUCAAGAAUGUAUUUUAUAUAUCGUUACCAUAGCAACUAAAUAAAUUUCCGGAAUUUUUUCCUCUUCAACGUUUAUAUGAAAUAAUGAUAUUCACAUUCAAUUUCAUAUUAUGUCAACUCCAUUCUUCAAGUUGAUAAGUACCUUGUAAGAAAAUGUAUUUCUAGUAACUUUAGCUAAAUGAAUUUGUAAAAAACCGAGAUUUUGAGACGCUAACGACUGGUUUUAUAUUAAUUCAUUCAAUUAAGGUCGUUUAAUUAUAUUUUAUUUAACAAUAACCCUGUAUUUAACCUAAUAAUAUUAUGUCGCAAAUUUCAUUGAUACUAAAUACUUAGUACUUCGAGUUUCUGGUAAGAAAAUAUAUUUCUAGAAACUUUAGUAAAAUGAAUUUGUGAAAAACUGGGAAACUCAGCUACUAACGACUUAUUUUUUCAUUAUUUUGUGUAACUAAAGUGAGUUAAUUGUGUUUUAUAUUCCC